GCAGAACACGGAGUUGCGGAGCCAGGCCGCGACCAUCAAGUUCGAGGACAGGAUGGUCAGAGGUGAUAUGCACAAGUGCGAGCGGCUCUCCAUGCAUCUCCUGGUGGCCCGCAGGUAUUUCGACGACAUGGGCAUCCCGCCGAACUGGUCACCGAUGCAGACGUGCUUGGCAGAUCCCAAGGUCGUGGAGUCUGACCUGGGCGCGCAGCGCCUCGCCUCGCUCGUGUGCGCGCUGACCCUCGAGCACACCGAGAGGAACCUGACAUUCUCGCACGGAUAUCCGCGACGCCAGGUGAUGCUGCUCAACCCUUCCUUGGCCGACACCUUCCUGCGCGAGUUGCGGCGCGACUACCAGUUGUUCGGCGAACUUCAGACGUGCCUGUUCGACGGCGCCAAGGUGAUGAUCGGCCGCAGCCUCUUCCAGAAGGUGAGCGUGAAGCACCUUCUCGCCGUGCUCGACUCGGUGGACUGGAAAGUUACCGAGAGGCUGCUGGGCCACAUCAAGCAGAAGUGUUCCCGAUUGAUAGCGUCCCAGAUUGUCGAGGACCUCUUCAAUAAGACCAAGACGAGGGUCGACAAGCAGCAGAAUACGCUAUCGUCACCGAUGUCCACGAUGGCGGUUGCCAUAGAUAGCGGCAUCAUCGACCAGACCCACCAUUUCAAGCACCUCGACGUGUCCACGACGGCUCCUGCUCGGGGGUCGUGCUUGGAGCCGAACGCGUUCAGGCCGAAGGUCGCGCGGAAGCACUUGGACAAGGAGACCGAGGCUAUCGGCAUGCACCAGGUGUCGUCUUUUAAGGACGCCCAGUGGUUUUCGCCUCGCGCCGACGGCGCCUCGCUGCCCUACAGCGAUAUCGAGGUCAUCCGCCAGGCCGCCAACGAGAAUAGGAUGCACAUGAUUGAUCGGAGGUGGCUCUGCCAAUUGGUGCGGUCAGGUUCCAUGGUCAAAAAGAUCGGCAGCGAUGAGUGGUUCCUCGGCGUCGGCACGAUCGAUGACGCGUUGGCCGUGCUGUGGCCGCUGGAGCGGAAGACCGAGCAGCUCUACACCGUUGACACUCAGAGGUAUCGCGUGCUGCAGACGGUGCUGGAACCGUCCGAGUGGUUGAGCGCGGACGCGAUGUGGGCAUCUCCCUUGCAGCAGGCCGCGCGCGUGGAGCUUGCCAAGGUGGAGGGCCCCUGCCGCGACAGUCGCUUGGUCGACUUGCAGGCUGGCCACUCGUACGGGGAGUUGCCCAUCGCGCUGGUGAAGAACGGCCCAGAGAUGCCGAUGCUGGAGUACGCCUGCAGGAAGGGCUUCUGGGAUCUGCCGAUCUCGUUCCUCAAGGCGCUCUGCGACCUGAAGGACUGGCCGUACCCCAGCGCGUCGGUCUGCUCCCUGAUCCAGGUGCUGUGCGAGAAGAUCAUGCCGAAGAACAGCACCGCCCUCAUGGAGUCCGCGAUGUUGCACCGCAUCGGCGCGUACGACGGGCAGGAGGGCUUGGAGGACAUCAUCAACUUGGAGUGGGUCGCGGACUUGCUCGACGGCACCGUCAGCGACGAGCUGCGCAGCGAGGUGACGAAGGCCAAGGCGGCGAGGGCCAUGCGCGCGGAGUUCGUCACCGACGUCACCCGCUUCAAGGACUC